GUAUUAUGCUUUCACAUGCUGGCUGCUGUCAGAAUUGUUUUUUUUUUAACAAAAACAUUGAAUUAAGUUUAAUUUGGAUAAUUGUGCAGACCUUUUAUUAUUAUAAAUUGCUUCUUCUAAUGGCGCCGAAGAUACCUGACAGAUGGCUAGAUUACAAGUCAGUGGGCAAUCGCAUUGAUGGUACACGAUUUGUGGCUUUCAAAGUUCCCCUGAAUCCGCACGUUUUCAAUGAAAGCGAAAAGGAUAUACGUUUCGAUGUAAAAAUGUUACUUGAACAAAUACCAAAUCUUGGUGUAAUUAUUGAUCUGACUAACACGAAUCGUUACUACGAUGCUAAGUUUUUCAAACAAGAGGGGAUUGAACAUCAAAAAUUAAUGAUACCGGGCCAUGUAACGCCUGCACAAAGUCUAGUAGACAUAUUUAAAGAUUACGUCAAAAGAUUUCUACGUAAAAAUCCAGAUAAUGACAAAUUAAUUGGAGUCCACUGCACACAUGGAGUUAAUCGCACUGGAUAUUUAAUUUGCAAUUAUAUGGUAUCUGAAAUGGAUGUUAACGCCAAUGAGGCAAUAGACAAAUUUGCUUUGGCCCGAGGUCAUAAAAUUGAACGCAACAACUACUUGGAUGCUUUAAAAAAGCUCAAGGCCCACAAAGGUGAAAGCAACAGAAAAUCAUACGACAAUGAUCGUAGCAGUCCACACCAUGAGCAUUCGUCAAGAUAUGGUAAUAGAGAAAGAGAACGACAUGAAGACAGGGAUGAUAGUAGAAACAGAAAUUGGAGAUUGGGUGACAGAAAUCACCGUGACAGAAUAUCAGCCUAUAAUCAGAAUAAUAGAAAUCCUUAUAGCGGGAGAAAACAAAAGCACAGUGAUGGUGCUAAAGAUGAGCCGCCGCCGAAAAUCAUGGCUAUUAGAAGCUACGAACACUUUGGUGGCAGGCGGCAUGCUAACGACAGUUACAGUCAACAAUGCCGCCGCCAACAAGGCUAUGAGGAAAUGGAAUUCAGAAAACACAACAACAACAGCCAUAGGCAUAACAACAGUGGGGAUUAUUACCACAAAAAUAGCAGGCCGUACGAAAACCGCCAAGAUGAUCGUCCUACCACUACAAAUCACUAUCAUCAUAGAGAGGAUAAUCUUUAUCGCAAAGAUAAUCGCAAUUCCCGGAGAUCCUCUUCACCGCCAUCGUCUUCGCAGGGCCAUAAGGGCAAUAAUUCAUAUCGCAAUCGUAAUUAGCAAAAAAUUGUACAAAACUUUAAAAAGAUUUUCCAUAAGAUUUAUACAUAACACAAAAAGAGGACAAAUCAAAAAACCAGAAGUUUUAAUAAAAAACAAACCAGUCUCUCCUACAGGAUAUUGUAAGCCAA